GCUUUCUCUCUCUCUUGCUUUUCUUCUCUCGUUCUAUCUUCUUUCAUUCAUUGCCUCAAAAAAAAAAAAAAAAAAGAAGUCUAAUGCUCACCGGCUUCUCUCUCCCCCUCUCCCGCCGGAUAUCUGACCACGUCACAUAUCGGAGAUUGUCAUAGUAGCUAGCCCACAAUGGCACCUACUACGACCACCAUGACACAACAUCCUCGCCAUGCAAAUACAAUUGGCGAAGAUGUCGUGUCCGUUGACGUUGACCUUGUUUGGCCAUUUGAAAAUCUUGACGGUCUUCACCGUGAUGAUUUUCGGGACGCGGCUUACGAGAUAUUCUUCACCGCAUGUCGGUCAUCGCCAGGGUUUGGAGGUAGGACGGCAGUCUCGUAUCAUAAUCCGUCGGAAGGAGGAGAUGGAAGCGGGUCCGGGGCUGGAUCUACCAGUCCUGGAUCACCGGUGAAGCCAUCCGGGGUUGGGAUGGCCGUGACCAGCAAGGUGAAAACGGCAUUAGGGUUGAAAAUGUUGAAGCGGUCACGAUCACGGAGAGCUAGUUCUUUUGGCGGCACGCCGUCAUCGCCUGGCGGCGGUGCGAGCCCAAAGGUGGCAUUCACGGUGCCACAGGCGAGGGCACGGAGGCCGAUGACGUCGGCUGAGAUUAUGAGGCGGCAGAUGAGAGUAUCAGAGCAAAGUGAUAGUAGGCUACGUAAAACUCUUAUGAGAACUCUUGUAGGCCAAAUGGGGAGACGAGCAGAGACAAUUAUCUUGCCAUUAGAGUUAUUACGCCACCUUAAACCAUCUGAAUUCAACGAUUCUCACGAGUACCAUCAAUGGCAAAAACGUCAACUCAGAAUCCUAGAAGCAGGACUUCUUCUUCACCCUUCUAUCCCAAUAGAAAGAUCAAACACAAUCGCAAAACGUUUCAGAGAAAUUAUUAAAGCUGCUGAUACAAAGGCAAUUGACACCGGCAAAAAUUCAGAGACAAUGAGAGCACUAUGUAAUUCAGUAGUAUCUUUAGCCUGGAGAACAAUUGAUAAUUCCCCUACUGAUAUUUGUCAUUGGGCUGAUGGAUUUCCUUUAAAUAUCCACAUUUAUACAGCUCUUUUAACCUCUGUUUUCGAUCUAAAAGACGAUACUAUGGUCCUCGAUGAAGUUGAUGAGCUUCUUGAAUUGAUGAAAAAAACAUGGACAAUUUUAGGUAUUAAUAGAUCAAUUCAUAACUUGUGUUUUACUUGGGUGUUAUUCGAACAAUAUAUCGUAACGGGCCAAGUUGAACCUGAUCUUCUUGGUGCAUCAAUGAUUAUGUUAAGUACUGAAGUUGCUAAUGAUGCUAAGAAAGUGGACAGAGAGCCUAUUUAUGUUAAGAUGUUGGCAAGUGUUUUGACAUCAAUGAGACAAUGGUCAGAGAAAAGAUUGGUUAAUUACCAUGAAAAUUUUAACAGAGGUAGUGUUGGAUUAAUGGAAAAUAAUCUUCCUCUCUUGUUUUCGGCCACGAAAAUAUUAGAGGAAGAUGUUCCUGGAUAUACAUCUGCUAGUUUUGAGAAAGGGGAAGAACUUACUGAUGAUUCAGCUGGAGAUAAAGUUGGUAACUUUAUUCGUUCAUCUAUGAGGAAUGCAUUCGCUAAGAUGUUGGAAGAAAUGAGCAUAGAUGGUGCAAGUUUUGAGUUGCAAGAAGUGAGUCAAACACUGAUUAAGUUAGCCAAUGAAACUGAAGAAUUAGCAGCUAAGGAGAAGGAAAUAUUUAGUCCUGUCCUUAAGAAAUGGCAUCCUGUUGCAGCAGGAAUAGCAGCUGUGGCAUUACAUUCUUGCUAUGGAACUUUGUUAAAGCAAUACCUAACCGGCGCAACUUUGCUAACUAAAGAGACAGUGUUGGUAUUGCAAAGGGCUGGAAAACUUGAAAAGUAUUUAAUCCAAAUGGUUGUUGAGGAUUCUGAUGAAUGUGAAGAUGGAGGCAAAGCUAUAGUUAGGGAAAUGGAUCCUUAUGAAGUUGAUUCAAUUAUAAUGAAUCUAUUGAGAAAAUGGAUUCAAGAAAGGUUGAAGAAAGGGAAGGAGAUUAUUAUGAGAGCAAAAGAAACUGAAACAUGGAAUCCAAAAUCCAAAAGUGAGCCAUAUGCACAAUCAGCAGUCGAUUUAAUGAGACAUGCCAAAGAAGCUGUUGACAAUUUCUUUGAAAUUCCAAUGGUCAUUUCAGAGGAUUUAGUAGGUGAUCUUGCUGAUGGAUUUGAACAUCUAUUCAAAGAAUAUGUUACCUUUGUCACAUCAUGUGGGUCAAAACAAAGUUAUAUUCCUACACUUCCUCCUCUAACAAGAUGUAGUCAAGAUUCAAGGUUUUCCAAACUGUGGAAGAUGGCUAUUUGCAGUGUAGGAGCAGAAGAUCAAAACCAGCAUUUAAAUGAUGAAGGCAAUCAUCCCCGCCUCUCAACAAGUCGCGGGACACAACGCCUAUAUAUCAGGCUUAACACAUUACAUUACUUUCUUCUGCAACUCCAUUCACUUGACAAAACACUAUCACUCUCCUCAAAGAUUGUCCCUUCUCCAAGAAGUCGUCACAGCAAGAAUCGACAAAUUGGAAGCUAUUCCUAUUUUGAUCACACGCGUUCAGCCAUCCAAGUAGCUGUACAACAUGUAUCAGAAGUUGCAGCUUAUCGUCUCAUUUUCUUCGAUUCUCACUCUGUAUUCUACGGUAGCCUCUACAUCAGGGACGUUGAGAAUACACGUAUUCGACCAGCUUUAAGGGCACUUAAGCAAAACCUCACUCUUUUAUGCGCGAUUCUCACUGACAGGGCUCAACCAUUGGCCUUAAAAGAAGUAAUGAAGGCAUCAUUUGAGGCAUAUCUUAUGGUUUUACUUGCAGGAGGAAGCAAAAGAAUCUUUUCGAGGGGCGAUCAUCAGAUAAUAGAGGAAGAUUUUGAGAGCUUAAAGAGGGUGUUUUGUACUUGUGGUGAAGGAUUGAUAGUUGAAGAUGUUGUGGACACAGAAGCUGAGACAGUAGAAGGAGUAAUAGCUUUAAUGGGACAAUCAACUGAACAAUUAGUUGAAGAUUUCAGCAUUGUAGCUUGUGAAGCUAGUGGAAUGGGAGUUGUGGGGUCAGGACAGAAACUACCUAUGCCUCCAACAACAGGAAGAUGGAACAGAUCAGAUCCUAAUACAAUCUUGAGGGUAAUUUGUCAUAGAAAUGAUAAAGUUGCUAAUCAAUUCUUGAAAAAAACAUUCCAAUUAGCAAAGAGAAGGCCAUAUUGAGAAAAGGGGCCAAAAUGUAUUUAAAAAGAAAUUACAUACACCGAAAAACUAGUUAUGGACACGUGCGUUGGACUAGACAUUAUCAUGCAUCGAAAAACUAGUUCUGGACACAUGCGUUGGACUAGACAUUAUCAGUUGUGGUGGAAUGUGCUAUAUGUAUAAUUCUUUUGAUAUCUUUUGUAUUACUUGAGAGAUUAUUAUUUUGAUCACAUAUUAUUGUAUAGUGAAGGAAUAUUAUUAUAUUAGCAUUA